AUGGUUAGCUCAACCCCCUGGCUGCAAUUCACCGGCCACCAGCCAAAGCGCAAGCGUGCCGAGCUGGCAUGCACCAUCUGCCACGGCAAAAAGAUUCGAUGCGACCUCCAAGUCCGCACCGGCCAGGGCCUCAGCAACUGCACCAACUGCGACUCGACCGGCAAAGAAUGUCGCAUGAGGCCAUCGAAGCGCAUCCCCCGGCGAGCGCGCAGUCCCCUGACGCCCCCCGACAGCAGCAGUGGGACCAGGAAGUCGCAGCGCACUCAGCGUUCGCAACCGGUCGCGCCAGAGCAGAGCGAGAGCACUGCCGGCGCUGAAGAGAAUAUCUCACUGCGCGAGCCGGAUUGGAUUUGGAAUUUCGAUAAUUCUACUCUGGCCGAGAAUCCCAACCCUCCUGCUGUCAACCACCCUACACAUUCCUCGCUCAACCUCAACGCCGACCACGACCACCCAAGCUGCUCGCCCGCGACCUGUCGCACCGAUGACACCGAAACCCGCGGCCUCUCGUCGCGAUACUACGAGCUCGAGAUACAAGCUGAUGCGCGCAACCAGGAGCAGCGGUUGCUGGCUCAACGGCCGCCUGAAGUGCGUCUGCUGCCCAGUGCAGACCUGCAGCAGAGCUUUGUCGAGACAUAUCUGGAAUACUGCCUGCCCUGGUGUCCGGUCCUCGACCGCGAUCACCUCAAUAUCGACGAGCUGUCGCAGUCACCGCUGCUCGUCAACGCCCUCGCCGUGGUGGGAAGCCAUGUUCGGCCUCCGGUAAUGCCGCACGACGGUCCGGCAGCGUACUACGAGCGCGCGCGCAACCUGUUCUACAACGACGCGGAGCCCGAUGUCGUGCGCUCUCUCCAGGCCGUGUCCCUCUUCUACUGGUGGAGUCCACGUCCACCGUCUAUCCUGCAUCGUCAUUCCUCCUGGUGGUGGACGUCGGUUGUCAUCCGCCACUGCCAGCAGCUAGGCGUGCAUCAGCAGCCAUCGUUUGGACCAGGACCAGCCUCUUCACAGCAUAAUCACCCUGCAAACCACCGCUCGCAUCUCAUCCGCCGCCGCAUCUGGUGGACGGCCUUUGCGCGCGAACGGCUUACAGCUAUCUGCCAGAGUAAACCGUGCACCAUCGACCCAGCAGACUGUGAUAUCGCCGAGCCAACGCUGGAUGACUUCCCUGAUGCUAUCCACGACAGCGCAGCGCGCAUGCAGGCUGAAAUCUUCAUCUACUGGGUGCGUCUGUGUGCCAUUAUCGGCCGGAUAGCGAAGUAUCUCUCCCGGCCAAAUACCGACACGAAUACUCCCUUUCCUACAGAUCUCGCCAGGGAGCUCAUAACUUGGAUCCAUUCCCUCCCUCCACAUCUUCAACUCCCUAUCCACGGCGACAGAACGACAUCUUUCAACCGUGAUGUCCACCAACUGCACCUCCCCUACCUCGCCGUCAUUAUCAUGCUGCAUCUCAAACAGCCAUACCAACCCCACCACCCAGAGGCAUACCCCCCAGCCAUCCUGGCUGCAACCUGCGUUGCCCGUAUAUUCCGGGACACUCUCGCCCGAGGCGGGACCCACUGGCUGAUGGCCAUCACGGGCUGGUACACCAGCAUGGCAUUCAUCGCGCUCCUCCAGGCCACCCGCGUUGACGGUCUCGCGGCCUCUGCAAACGAGGACUUGGAUAUCUUAACUCUGGCCGUUGACCAGCUCCGCACCAUGUGGCCGACGGCCAAUAUCUUCCACCAUGGGUUUCAGCGGUUACGACCCAGUGCAGCUGGAGCAGAAGCGCUUCUUUCGUUGUCAAAUAGUGAGCAGGCCCCUGCUCCUGCCCCAGCUCCAGCUCCAGUUCCUACUUCUGUAUCUGAACCAGCUGCGGGGUGUGCCUCUGAAAAUGGAACUGAAGCUGUGCGAGCAAAUCCGAUGGACGGGGUUGACUGGAUGGAAUACUUCCCUUUUGCGACGGCGCAAACCAGUGGUGUUGCAGAGAAGCUGCUCGUCCCGCAUACAGACGAGAUGUUCUUCGACGAUGUCUUCCCUGAUACAAUGGUGCAGUUCCAGGAUCUGUUUGGCGAUUACAACUUUUCUGAAAUGAACUUGUUCAUGUAG